UAUAGUGAAACAACUCUGUAAUUACUAAAGGAAAAAUUAUCGCUUCAAUAUUUGUUUUUUUUAUAGCAACUGAAAAGCCCUGACUUAACCAAUAACAGAAGCCAAUUGAAAUUACUGAACCCUAGCGACAAAAAUUUCCUCCCUCCAAAAUUUCAGUCUCAAUCUCUGAUGACAAUAAGCUGAACACAAAAACUAGUCAACAAUUAUGGUGGGGAUGACGAAAUCGUCCUCUAGAGAAACGUUCGCAAGGUUAGUAUUCUCGACCAAGGCAGCUUUGGACAUACCGUUAAAACUCGAUUGCUUGAGUCGUUUAAAGCAAGAUUUGAUCGAAGAAGAAAAUGUCAUUGUUAUUUCCGAAAUUCUGCCUCGUAUCUUUGACCUUCAAUCCGAUUCCUUUGCUCCGGUUCGCAAAUUUGUCACUGAGAUUAUUGGUGAAGUUGGAUUAAAACAUUCGCAAUUGUUACCCGAAAUUAUACCUGUACUUAUCAGUGUUCUUGACGAUUCUGCGCCAGCUGUAGCUCGACAAGCUAUCACUUGUGGACUUGAUCUAUUUCGUUCUACCCUUGUAAAACUUGCAAUCCAGGGUCUGCACUUAAGUGACUUGAACAAUUCCAUUGAAUCAUCUUGGACAUGGAUGUUAAAGUUCAAGGAGAAGAUAUGUUUGAUGGCUUUUCAGGGAAGUGGUGGGGUAAGAUUGCUAGCGUUGAAGUUUGUUGAAGCAGUUAUUCUUCUGUACACACCUGAUCCUAACGGCUCUCUAAAACCCUCUUCUGAUGAAGGAAACCUUGUGGAGUUCAAUAUAUCUUGGCUUCGUGGGGGCCAUCCUGUGGUUAAUGUUGGAGAUCUGUCAGUUGAGGCCAGUGAGAAGUUGGGAUUAUUGCUUGAUCAGCUUAGGUUCCCUACAGUAAGGGCUCUCACUAGCUCAGUCAUUGUUGUUCUUAUCAAGAGUCUUUCAGCAAUUGCAAAGAAGAGGCCAGCAUAUUAUGGGCGCAUUUUGCCAGUUUUACUUGCACUAGAUCCUCCAACUUCUGUUAUCAAAGGAAUGCAUAUUUCUAGUUCUCAUCAUGCUCUUAAAAGUGCCCUCCUCAGCUGCUUGAAAUGUACACACCCUGGUGCUGCACCGUGGAGAGAUCAUUUAGUUGGUGCCUUGAAAGAGAUGAAAGCUGGGGAGUUGGCAGAGCGAGCCCUAGGUCAAGUUUGCAAGACCAAUGGAAGUGUAGAAGACAUUAAAAAUGAUUCGUCAGUUAUUAAGGAAGAGAAAUCCUCCUUCCAGGCCUGUGAUGAUGUGCGCACUAACGUGGGAAGGAAAAGAUCUGGAGCAGAGGAUAGCAGUGAUCCAGAUGAAGAAAAUGAAGUGUCUGGAAAACGUGUCAGAUCAACACAUGGUGUCUCAGAAGAAUCAAGUAAAGAGUUGAAUAGGAAUAUUAUUGUGUCUCAGGACCACAUUCCAUCAAUUGGGUCUGCCUCUCACACAGUACAUGGUGAAACUGGGCCUGUACAGCAGCUUGUUGCCAUGUUUGGUGCCUUGGUUGCUCAAGGUGAAAAAGCCAUUGGAUCCUUACAGAUUCUUAUUUCGAGUAUUUCAGCGGACUUGCUAGCUGAGGUAGUGAUGGCUAAUAUGUGUAACCUUCCUCUCAACUGCUCUCAAGCUGAUGGAGAUGAAGAAUCAGUACUGGAAAUGACUAUAUUUGGCAGUGACACUGGAGUCAAGUAUCCAGCAUCGUUCUUGGCUGAUGUUCUUUCACUUUCAAGUAGUUUCCAGCCAAUAGCUUCACUGCUUGAUGAACAACGUUCAAUGGCCAAUGAUACAGUGAAACCGCAAAGGGAGAAAGAACUUCAUGCACCAGCUGUGGCUGAUGGCGCUGUUUCAUCUGAUGGCUUUACUCCCAGAGUUGAAGUUGCAGCUUUACCUACUAGUGUAGACGCUUCUUCUGAUGUUUUUCCCAAAAUGGAGAAUUCUGAUAUAUCAAUUUCUUCUGAUAACCAUGAUGUAGGAAAUAUAGAGAGUGAUAUACCUGGUCUGAAUUCUUAUGCUUGUAAUGAUGGUUUUUCAGAGACCCUUGUUACUUCCUCAUUGGCCACAAAUGAAAUAGAAGAUGGCAGUCAAGAACAAGUUACUGGUCAGAGGUCGCCGCUUGAUUUGCCAUCAGUAUCAACAGAUAGGUCAGACGAGAUUAGUCCAAAGGCAAUUACUACUGAUUCUAACUGUCUGAUUGCCUCAACAGCAACAUCUUUCACUUUGUCUUCUCCUUUUAACCUACCCAAGUUGUCAGCACCUGUUGUUGACCUUGCUGAUGAGCAAAAGGAUCAAUUACAAAACUUGUCUUUUUUGCGCAUUCUUGAGGCGUAUAAGCAAGUAGCAGUUGCUGGGGGUUCACAAGUCCGUUUUUCUUUACUUGCUUAUAUAGGAGUCGAGUUUCCCUUGGAGUUAGACCCAUGGAAACCACUACAGGAGCACAUCUUGGAGGAUUAUGUGAAUCAUGAGGGACACGAGUUUACAUUGCGUGUGCUCUACAGAUUAUAUGGAGAGGCAGAAGAGGAGCGUGACUUCUUUUCUUCUACAACUGCUGCUUCUGUUUAUGAAACGUUCCUAUUGACUGUGGCUGAAACACUUAGAGAUUCAUUUCCACCUUCAGACAAAUCUUUAAGUAGAUUGCUUUGUGAAGUUCCCUAUUUGCCAAAGUCAGUUUUGAAAUUUCUAGAGUGCUUGUGUUCUCCUAAAAAUGGUGGUAAGAUUGACAAGGAGUUACAGAGUGGAGACCGAGUUACUCAAGGUCUCAGUGCUAUAUGGAGCCUGAUCCUGCUGAGGCCUCCUUUACGAGAUGUCUGCUUGAGAAUUGCUUUGCAGAGUGCAGUUCAUAACUCGGAGGAAGUGCGCAUGAAGGCAAUACGUCUGGUGGCAAAUAAGCUUUAUCCUUUAUCAUCCAUUGCUCAACAAAUAGAAGAUUUUGCCCUGAAAAUGUUGCUUUCUGUAAUAAAUGUUGAUUCUUCAGAAAGAACAGAUGCCAAUGGAUCAACUACUGAAGCACUGAAGGAUUCUGAUUUGGAGAAACCAUCAAAUGAUCUUGUGUCAGUCAGUGCCACCGGUAAACACUUGUCCACCGAUACCCACCAGUCAUGCACGUCUCAGAGUGUAUCAUCCCUUUCAAUCCCAGAGGCUCAACAAUGCAUGUCGCUUUAUUUUGCCCUAUGUACAAAGAAGCACUCACUUUUUCACCAAAUAUUUGUUAUCUGCAAAGAUGCAUCAACAGCUGUCAAAGAGGCAAUCAAACGUCAUAUCCCAAUACUCGUUCGGACUAUGGGCUCAUCGUCUGGACUACUUGAAAUUAUUUCAGAACCUCCGAGUGGAAGUGAGAGCCUCCUAGUGCAGGUUUUGCAUACACUGACAGAUGGGACAGUUCCGUCGCCAGAAUUGAUAUUUACUAUUAAGAAGUUAUAUGAUUCCAAAUUAAAGGAUGUAGAAAUUCUAAUUCCAGUGUUGCCAUUCCUGCCGAGAGAGGAGGCCAUGCUGAUAUUUCCUCGUCUUGUCAAUCUUCCUUUAGACAAGUUCCAAGCAGCACUUGCUCAUACACUACAGGGGUCACCUAAUUCUGAUGCACGGCUCUCGCCAGCUGAAGUGUUGAUAGCUAUCCAUGGGAUUGAUCCUGACAGAGAUAGAAUUCCCUUGAAGAAGAUCACAGAUGCAUGCAAUGCUUGUUUUGAGCAACGACAGAUUUUUACCCAACAAGUUCUUGCCAAAGUCUUGAAUCAAUUGGUUGAGCAGAUUCCUCUACCCUUGUUGUUCAUGCGUACAGUAUUGCAAGCUAUUGGUACUUUUCCAGCGCUGGUGGAAUUUGUAAUGGAGAUCCUUUCUCGUCUUAUUAGCAAGCAGAUAUGGAAAUAUCCAAAGUUGUGGGUAGGGUUCUUGAAAUGUGCACACAUGACACAGCCUCAGUCAUUUAAUGUGUUGCUUCAGCUACCUCCACCGCAGCUUGAAAAUGCAUUAAAUAGAAUAGCUGCACUUAAGGCUCCUUUGAUUGCUCAUGCUAGCCAACAAAGUAUCCGCUCUUCACUUCCAAGGUCUGUGUUGGUUGUUCUGGGAAUUGCUUCAGAUUCCCAGACUUCAAGUCAUGCACAAACAAGCCAAGGACAAACUGGAGAUAUAAACAACUCUGAGAAGGAGACAAUGACAGACAAAUCCAAAGAAGAAUCAUCCUGUGCUUGUUGACAUGCCAAUGAAACGAUUCAAAUGACUGUAACAUCAUGCUUCAAAUCGGACAGUUGUUGACACCCAAAGGUGGAUCUGGCUCUGGCUAAACAAUCUGGAUUUCCUAGUUAUCAUAUUCAUGUGUGCCAACUCAAAGAUUAUCAAGAUACAAUCUUUCACUGUGUACAUUAGUGGGAGGGGGAAAAUGGAUUGCAGCAAUAUGCUAUAUUAUGCACACAUCAGAGUUACUGCUGCUGCUAUAAAGAUUGACAAUGUAGAGAUUUCGGGAAGCAUGUUUCACUAGGUGAAAAUCCGAAAGAGGGCCAGGUGGAAUGUUUGUAAUGCUGAUAAAUUUCAAGGUUAAAUGUACCAAGGUUGCUUUGAAACUAAGUUAGAAUGUUGUGCACUUAAACUGAGCUCUGUAGUUUUAUCCUACUUGUAUAAAUUGCCGUGGCAUGGCUCCUAAUAUGAAAUGCACACACAUGGUACUUUCUGUCUGAC